AUGUCCCCAUCCAGCACGACCCCCCCAGCGCUGCAAGAAGCUACCCGCAACUCAACCGUCACCUGGCAGGAUGACCUCAAGUCGCUCUUCGUCCACGCUAAGGAUCGCUUCGCCGACGUCGUCUGGGAGCUCGCUGAUGAGAAGGACAAAGCGAAAGGCGUAGAAGAGAUCUGGGGCCACAAAGCUGUCGUCUACGCACGAGCACCACCUACCUUUCAGGCACGCUACUUCUCCUUCAAACCGCCUCCGGCGACAUCGCCGCUUCCUUAUUCUUCUUCGCCCACCGGCACACUUCCAGCGCAAUCUGCUCUGUCUCUUAGUCUCGGACUUGACUUUCGUUCUACUCAUUCCCGCUCUCCAUCUCCGUUUCGCGCCGUCUCGCCUGCACCAUCGACCAACACCGGUGCUCUCCUUCGCUUGCCCACCCCGAUCAAUCCGACGCUGUUUUCCAACGAACUCGAGUACCUGUAUACCGGUAAAGGUCUCGGUGCAGCGUUCGAGUUUUUAUUUGAUAGCGCGGAGAUCCUUGAAAAGGGUGACGGGGAGGAUGCUCGGAUUGACAAGCUGCGCAAGGACCUGGUGUUCAUGUGGCGCUCACGUUUGUACUCGGAUGUGCGAAUUACCUUGACAGGUAAUUUCUCCUCGUCGAACCACGAGAAUGCGACCGCUAUCUUUUCCUCUCAUCGAUUCAUUCUGGUAUCCCGGUCUCCGUACUUCCAUACCCAAUUACUGUCAUGGGGGGUUCAGUCCACGCCCGGCGAGCCACUGACUCUCACACUUCCCUCUCCGCCUUUCACUCCCGCAUCUCUGCAUUUCACUCUGGGGUUCAUUUACACCGGCACACUGGUAUUUUCACAUCGGACAUUUGAUCUCGACACGGCGUUUCAUAUCAUGCGAUCUGCGUCGUAUUUAUCCUUGGACACUUUGUACGACGAAAUCCAGGCUCGCAUCGUCCAGGAGAUGAUGCACGGGCUCUUCCAUGCCUUCCUCGAGUUCUCGGAGUACGAGUGCAUAACGGGGGGGAAGUGGGGCACCGGCGGGUGCCGCUGCCGUCAGUGCGCACGACGCGCGCCACGAGUGCUAGAAUUUGCGGUUACCGAUGACGUCAAGAACGCUUAUUUGGAGCGCGGCGCGCGUCGCGCACUUGUGGGGCUAUUUGGCGAGGGGUGGUGCACGUCUGAGUUCGCGGGACUCUCUCAGAAGACGCGAGACAGCCUUGUCAAGGGCCUCGAGAAGCGGACGACGCCGAUCAACAUCUUCCCCCUUUUGUUCGCGGCGCAGGUCGCCCUGAACAAGUUGAACUCGACCAUCGAAUCGUGGGCAGAGGUUUCACGGGAUAUGAUCAUCGCUGCACGCAAACACGUCGACCAGGUGUUGUGUGCACAGGCCGACCAAUGUUUCGAGCAACCGGAGUGGCUCGAGAUCAUGGAGGCGAAUGGCACAAAUUUCGACCAUGCGGAGCAGGUGGAGCUCAUCAUGCAGUCUCUACGGCGAGGGAUGAAUGAGAAGAAUGCCGCAAUGCUCUAUCAGACACUCGUGUCAUCUAUUCUCCUCCGAACAGACCCUACCGGACCGGAAAAUACCAUGCUCCCGAUGACGUCGCCCAUCCGCAGGCAAGUGGACGAAGUACGGAUGGAUGUUUUACGUUGGCUUCGCCGCCGCUGGCUCGGCGUUAAGCAGGAGGGAGGAUUCGAUGCCUUGGAGAGCUGGGCGGCGAAGGAGAUUGCUGAGGAAAUUGAAGUCGACGUCGAGGAGCUCUUCAGUCCCGUAUCUACUUCGGUGCCGCCACGAGGACCUACACCUAAAGGCGGCCUCCGACCUAGCAUGAUUCGCGGAGACGAGAACGAUACCGGGAGUAUGCACUCGCUGCGCACGGCGAUCAUUAGAAAGAAUGGCGACGUCAAACCAUCUGCUGCCUCAGUCAGAUCCUUGGCACGAAGCACGCAUUCUACCAUAUCCCGGACUAGCACUGCCGUGGCAAUGCGACGCGCUCACGGGCAUCGACCGGACUCCAAGCUCACUCCCACAACUUCGAUCGCGCUCUCAUCUGCACGCUCAAGCACCGCGGACUCCGAUGCUGUGAAGGCGCCAACUCCGCCGCCCAAAUCAACCGUACCCUCAAUUAUUGGGCGGCGCAAUAUCUCCAGCAGCACCUCUACUCAUGACAACAUCUUUAGACCGAAGUCGACUGCGUCUGUCAGGUCGGCUCAUUCCACCGUGUCCACCAUUCGCAAGACUGUUGCUGGGCCUUCGACACUGCGCCCGCCAUCAGGUCUCUCUCGUCCCUCGUCCACACACUCUGCCACAAGCGAGGGAUCGACAACGUUUGAAACCGCCAAGUCGGAGGUGACGCCAAGUUCCGUCUCACGUCCUCGCCGUGGUUCUGCUACAUCAAUGUUGUCCACGGCUAGUGUGAGGACGACGGCCACUUCAACGCCCAGGGUCGCUAAGCCACGCCCACCGUCGAUCACCAAGUCAAUUACUCCCUCUGUUAGGAGCAAGCGCCCUCCCUCUUCUCCUGUUGACCGUACGAAGUUAGCCCCGGCAGCAAGACGGACGUCAUCCGCAGCUUCCGUUCGAUCCACUACCUCCACAACGUCCUUCCCGGCAAAGAAGGUCCUUCUCAAAAAACCGUCUAGUACUUCCUCCUCCCCGAAAAGCAUCAGCCGUUCGGUUUCUGGUGACGUGGACGAGGGCAUGGGGACUAUCAAGGGCAAGACGCGCUCUACUACGCUCGCCUCCCACGAGAAGCAAGCCAGCGUCGUCUCUUCCAGCAGCCAGUCUACGGCCAGAGGAUCGCUAAAACGCAAGAGUUCGUCGGACACUAUUAAGGAGUCCUCGGUGGGUGAUGCUCUUGCAAGAGAAGCGAUGGGUGUCCCUCGUGGUGCGACGUUGGAUAUUGGCAUCCCAUGCAUCAUCUCAUCGAAGAAGGCACGGUUCCGUGCAUAUGCCCGCUACAUCGGUGAAGUAGAGGGCGAGGCAGGGCCGUGGGUUGGGGUGGAAGUGCCGAUGAACGAUACCUGGCCGGGCGAGAAACUGGAUGGCCGGCAGUGGAAUGACGGGUCGUGGGGCGGCAUCCGGUAUUUCGAUAUCGGCGGGAGUCAGUCCGAGUGGGAGUUCGGCGAGGAGCGCGCUGCGCGCCGACGGCGGAUCGACUGGGUCAAUAACCUAGGCAGGGAUCCGAAGACCAGCCUGAAGCGGGAGGGCGAACAGCUAAGCAUCGAACGAGCGAAAAGACUGCGAAGCGCGUCGCCUGCGGUGUCGGACAUGUCGACGUCGGAAUCGAGAGGGCUGUUCGUGCGGCCGCAGCAGGUGCUGUAUGUGGUCGACGCUGUAGGAUCGGAUCUAUGA